AUUAGCAUUAGCAAUCAACACGAAAUAUCGAUUAGUAUAUCUUAAACUCCACCCAAUUGAAAACGACGGUUUAAAUUAAAAAUCCCCCUAAAAACACACACUCAUUUUCUCUCUCACACCUCACCUCCAAACCCUUUCUCUCUCUCUUCGCUCUUGCUUUGAUUGAUCGAAUUCGACUAAAACGAUGUCGUUAAGGCCAAAUGCUAGGACGGAAGUUCGCCGGAAUCGGUACAAAGUCACCGUCGACGCAGAUGAAGGUCGUCGGCGUAGAGAAGAUAAUAUGGUGGAGAUCCGAAAGAGUAAGAGAGAAGAAAGUUUGCUUAAAAAGCGUCGCGAAGGUCUUCAAGUUCAGCAGCCAUUUGCUCCGCCUCUUCAUACUUCUACUGUUGAGAAGAAGCUAGAGAGUCUGCCUAAUAUGGUAGCUGGGGUUUGUUCUGACAAUAAUCAAAUGCAGUUGGAGGCCACUACACAGUUCCGUAAAUUGCUUUCAAUAGAAAGAAGUCCGCCGAUUGAGGAAGUUAUAGAGGCUGGAGUUGUUCCCCGCUUUGUGGAAUUUCUGCAGAGGGAGGAUUAUCCACAGCUACAGUUUGAGGCUGCAUGGGCUCUCACAAACAUUGCGUCAGGGACCUCGGAGAAUACCAAGGUGGUAAUUGAUCAUGGGGCUGUUCCGAUUUUUGUGAAGCUUCUUGCUUCUCCUAGUGAUGAUGUUCGUGAGCAGGCAGUGUGGGCUCUGGGUAAUGUUGCUGGUGACUCUCCUAGAUGCCGGGAUCUAGUUCUGAGCAGUGGUGCGUUAAUUCCACUGCUUGCUCAGCUAAAUGAGCAUUCCAAGCUUUCAAUGCUUAGAAAUGCCACAUGGACUUUAUCAAAUUUUUGCAGAGGAAAGCCACAGCCACCUUUUGACCAGGUGAAGCCAGCUCUUCCUGCCCUUGAGCGUCUUGUUCAUUCAAAUGAUGAAGAAGUGUUGACAGAUGCAUGCUGGGCACUUUCUUAUUUAUCAGAUGGACCAAAUGACAAGAUUCAAACUGUGAUAGAGGCAGGUGUAUGCCCUCGAUUGGUGGAGCUCCUCAUGCAUCCAGCUCCAUCAGUUCUGAUUCCUGCCCUUCGUACAGUUGGCAAUAUUGUCACUGGAGAUGAUGUACAAACACAGUUUAUCAUCACCAAUGGUGCAUUGCCAUGCCUUUUGAACUUGUUGACUCUGAAUCACAAAAAGAGCAUUAAGAAGGAAGCUUGUUGGACAAUAUCAAACAUUACAGCUGGAAAUAAGGAACAGAUACAGGCUGUUGUUGAAGCUGGUUUGAUUGGUCCCCUAGUCAACUUGCUUCAAACUGCGGAAUUCGACAUCAAGAAAGAAGCUGCUUGGGCGAUAUCUAAUGCUACAUCUGGUGGAUCUCAAGAGCAAAUAAAGUACCUAGUGAAUCAGGGGUGCAUAAAGCCAUUAUGUGAUCUACUUGUGUGCCCUGAUCCAAGGAUCAUCACUGUCUGUCUUGAAGGGCUGGAGAACAUCCUGAAGGUAGGUGAAGCAGAGAAGAGUUUGGGCAGUACUGGAGAUGUUAAUUACUAUGCCCAGUUGAUAGAUGAAGCUGAGGGAUUGGAAAAGAUAGAAAAUUUACAAAGUCAUGAUAACAAUGAGAUCUAUGAGAAGGCGGUGAAAAUUCUUGAAACAUAUUGGUUAGAGGAAGAGGAAGAGACCGUACCAUCAGGUGAUCAAGCUGGGUUCCAGAUGUGGAGCAAUGAAGGUCCCUCUGGCGGUUUUAAGUUUGGCUGAAGGAUUCAGAUAGAUGGGUGCAUGAAGUUGCAGUAUGUUGAAGUCCACAUCGGGUUUCAGACUCUAGCUUGACAUAAGGUGAACUUUGAAGUCCAGCUCUGCUCAAGCUGGGUUUGGUGUCAAUAGUAUGGGUUGGUAUCAGUGGUUAAAGAGGUGUCGCGAGCGGGUUUGUCAAUGGUGAAUGUGGUCUUGUUUGGCGUCCCUCCGUGUAUUUUUACCCUUCAGUUAGGGGUUUUAUGUCGAAAUAUUGAAUUUUUUACCGGGUCGGUGUUUCUUUUGGGGGGUUUUGUUGGGGUGGUGGAGGGGUGAUAUGGGGAGUUUACUUAUGUUGAAGGGGGUUUAUGUAGUCAGUGACUCAUUGUUUGCAUGUUCAAAUUUCAAUAGCAUCAUUAUUAGUAGUUUUUAUCCCAGAGACUCGAGAGUCCAGGAAAUAUAUGUUUUCUACUGUAGUUCAUCCUGAUAUUCUUGUUACAUUUCAAGUAAAUAUGGAGAAAUUUCCAAAAAUGGAGAUGAAUGCACGAAAGUUGAGACAGGAAAUAUACAUAUGUUUAUAUCA